AAAAACAGCUGUCAACCGGGAACAGAUGUAAUGUCACAGAAAGGCGGCAUGAAAUACUGAAAAUAUUUAUAUUUAUCGUUUACUUUAUUUAUGUAAUGUUUUGUUACUACGAUGUCGGUGCCGUUUGAUAUGUUGCUUCAUCCAGAACUCCUGACUAAUGAGCAGUUGAUAUGCAUUAUACAAGAGAGGCAUUUAAGAGUUUCAAACCUAAGGCACAUGCGAAGAGAUGAGUUAUUGGACAUAUUUCACCAUUACUGCGUGCCGUACGGGCAAAGAAAAUACAGGGAUUCAGGCAGAGGCAAAUUGCUCAACAAAAAUCGCCCGCUUAGCCCGGAACCGACAAAAAAACUUAAUAAAAUUAAUCAGGAAGUCAAACAAAAUAAUCUAAACCGUGAUAGGUUGAAGCCGCCUCCAGAAUGUAUGUCUAGUUUCACAAAGAGGUUCAAAAUUGAGACAACAAUCACACCAAUAUCAAAUAAAGACUGUUACAGUGUGAACAAAAGAAAAAUGAGUGUUGAUUCUGUGACUGUAACAAAUGACUGCCCUCCACAAAAAAAGGAAAGAAAACCCAUAACAUGGCCGUGAAGUAGUGGAAAUCAUAAAAUAUAAUAAUUUAUGCGUUUAAAUGGAAGUAAUUGCUUCACCAAUAAGCAUAAAUGUUAGGUCUUACAUGUUGUAUUGCCAACAUUAGCCAAAUUCAAGAAUAGAAUACUGGCAAUGGCUUGAAUUCUAUUUUCAAUUUAUCAAUCAAGGCCAACCAGUUUCUUUUAAAAAAAAUAAUACACGUACAACAGCAUCACACACAGCACACAUUCAAUCGCACAGCCAACACACACACAAUCAUACCACAUUAAACACACAUACAACCCGCAAUCAAGACACAUAGGCUAGCACUUGGCUUCGGCCCGUGCUAACCUACAAAACCCGGUAGAUAACUGCCGAGAUACAAAAAUGUAUAACAACAAAUAAUAAUGUUUCUAUUAAAAAAAAAAAAACUAGAACUCUACAAGGAAUGCUGUGAAAUAAUUAAUUGUAAAUAUCAAAAUUUCUUCAAUGUUGUUAGGAAAGUAUAGAUUUUCUACAUAUAGAUUAUUCAAAAAUGGAUGAAAUGCAAGUUCAGUUAAAAUUAUUUUUAAUACCAUUUCAAUUUAUCUUUGAAACAUGAAUUCUGUAAUGAGUAUGAUAUUAUGAUGUACAGUUUCUUCUGUGAAUACACUGACUUGCCAGUAAAAAAAAUGAGCAGCUAAACAAUAAUGGUGGAUUCAAAUGUAAAAUAGAAUAAUUGAAAAGUAAGAAUUUGUUUAAGUUAAGUUUGCAGUUGAGUGAGUAAUAUUAGUGAAAGUGUUAGCAGAAUCAAUAUAUCAAUGGAUUCAAUAUGUUACAAGUACAUUAAUUUAGGAAAAUAAGCUUUCAAGCCUUGUUGAUUGUUUAUUCUGAAGCUUGUUAGAGUUAGUAGUCAGAAUAUUUUAGUGUAUAUUAGCAUCCUUUCUUUCAAGCCUUUCUGGAACAAAUCUUAUCUAUGUUACAUAGUUACUAACAAGAUAUACAUAAUCAUUGAAAAAAAGAUAUCCUUCAGUUACUAUAAGGUAUGCUAGACUAUGAAAUUAAAAUAAAUAUUGCUAUGUAAAGGAUAUUAUUUACAUUUUUGUAAAUAAGAGUUGAUUCCAAGUCAUUGUGCUCUAUUACCCAAUUUAUUUUCUACUUUUGUAAAAAUAAGCUUCAAUCUUGUUUCUACUAGGCAACUAGAGUUCCUGCAAUGUUAGAUUUUAUUCCAAUUGACUUGUACAUAUUGCAGUAAAAGUUAUUUUUUAUGAGUGAAAUCGGAAAUACAUGAAGUUUUGUGAUA